ACACACUCUCCUGCUCCUGCUCCUGCACCCUAUAUAUGUCCACAACAUUUCCUAACUUAGCUGACUAACUAAUCAUCAUCAAUUCUUUUCACAAAUCCAAAAUAUUCGUCGACUCUUCUUCUUCUUCUUCUUAAUUGCUGAAUCAAUUAAUAGAAAAAGGGAAAUGGAGGAGCAUGAGAUGAUGUUAUCACAGAGGAGAAAUACUGAUUGUGUUUAUUUCUUGGCCUCUCCUCUCACUUGCAUCAAGGGAAUGGAAUGUGAGUACAGGCACAAUGAGAUAGCGAGGCUAAACCCUAGAGAUUGCUGGUACUGGUUGGCUGGAAAUUGUCUUAAUCCUGCUUGUGCUUUUCGGCAUCCUCCGUUGGAAAUACAUGCUGAAGAACCGCCAGAAUCAUCAUUAUCUUCUUUACCGGCGAACAAGACCAAUGUCCCCUGUUAUUUCUUUUUUCAUAGUUUUUGCAAUAAAGGAGACAGGUGCUCUUUUAUGCAUGGCCCUGAUGCCAAUAUAUCUACUGGGAAUUCUGGCAACUCAGCCUCAGGAAUCAAGGAAGAGAUUUCAUUGGAUAAUAAGAGGACUAUUGGAAACAAUAUUGUGUCCGCUCCCACAGAAGCACAUGCUAAUCUGUCUGAAGCAGCUGCCAAGGCUUUUACAGAUUUGAAAGUGCAGCCUAAAGUGGAUUUUCAGUUUUGCGCUCCUGAAAAGAUUGCAGUAGGGAGCCCCUCUCCACGGAUUGCCAAUUCCCAGUGUGAAGAAGCUGUUACUCUUAAGCCAGAUUUUAUGCUCCAUGCAGAUAGCUUUACUGAGAGCAGUUCUCAUGGAUACUCAGAUGAGAGUUCAGAAGAGGAUGUGAAUGACCAUGUUGAACCAGAGGAGUCAUCCCCAGGUUUUGACGUCCUCGUGGAUGGUGAAUCGGAGAAUUUGCAUUAUGAGGAUCAUCAAAACAUUUUACUGCCCUAUGACAGAGAACAUAAUCUACACAACAAUUUAUCUGGGUAUGAUUUUGAAAACGUGGUUGAAUAUGACCUCCCGCACUAUGAUGCAGAAGAUAAAUAUGAAGAUGGGGAUCAUCACUACUUGGAUUUUGUGAAUGACGUGCACAUUUUUGAUGAUGUUGGAAAUGGUGCUAGCCCCUCGAGGAAUCCAAUGUCAGAUUCUUUUUUUCCCCAGAAAAGAAAAUAUGUGGAAAGGAAUGUGUCUAUCAAUGGCCGGCGCAUAGAUCUUCGAGAUCACUUGGGAAAACGCAGAGCAAUUGAUGACCAUCAUGUGAUUCAGUCAUUUAGAAGGCAUAGCCCUUCUCAUCUGCUUGGCGGAAGUCAGGGGAGGCUUUGGAGACCUGCUAACAAUCAGCAGCCACAUAUCAGGUUGGUCUCAGAAGUGAUAAAUAAUGCUUUUAAACCACAUCAGAAAAACAAGAGUCUGUUAAAUGAUGCUAACCAGUUGGGAGGACGUAGGCACUCACGUUCUAGUAGCUCCAGGCAGCGAGACAAGGAAAGAAAGCUUGCUAAAAGGCAGUUUCUUUCAUCUGAAGUGGUGAGAAAACCAGUUCCAAGAGAGAUGAAAUCUAGUCGAGAAUCUAAUGAAUUUACAGGACCAAAGACCCUUGCUCAGAUUAAAGAAGAGAAGAAGGCGGCUGAAGAAAAUGGAGAUUGUCCAAGUAAAUUUCUUAAUGCAACCAGAAAGUCUGUACCUGACUUUGAGAGUCCUAAACCUCUGAGUGAGAUCCUCAUCGUCAAGAGGAGGCCAAGUUUUACUUGAGAAUGAAGAUGGUAGUUGACUUGGGUUCUGCUACGCACCAUUCAUGGAUGAAGAAAAUUUUAUCUUCAACGAUCAUGUAAAUUGUUUGCAUGAUCUCCACCUAAACACUGUUCCUGAAAUAGAAGCUUUACGUAUUUCAUGCUAACUCUUCUCAUACUUGACAGAGACUUCCAUUACGUCAUCAAGGCGGUCCACCUUCAUUUAAUCUUUGUAUAGAACUAGUUAUAAAAUGGGUUGGUAUAUUAGCAUUGGAAAUUUCA